AAUCACUACUGUGAGUUAUGGCAUUAUUAUUGUGGGAAUUAAAAGAGUACUACAAACCCUUUGAAAAAGGAAAUGAAUCAAAAUUUUCCAAAUUUAAAAUUAAAACCAAACCAUAUAAAGCCAUGAAAGCUAGUAUUUACUCAAAAGUGGUGGAGGUUGGCAACUUGGCAUCUUGAUGCUCCUCUAGUUUUUCCUUAGUCAGCAGCUCUUCUUCUUCUUCUUCCUCCCAGUUUCCAAUUGCUUUCCCUUUUUUUUUUUUCUUUUUUUUUUUUUUUAACUUUUCAUCCCAAAAUUCCCAACUCCCCUUUUCCCAACCACCAACAACCUCCUCCUUUCUCUUCCCCUAAUCCCCUAAUUUUCCUCCAAAAAAAAUCAGUGUUAUGACUUAUGAUCUGUAAUCAGCCAUGGGGGCCUUCCAGUUCCAGGAUAGGAGAUUACUGAACGAUUCAAUUGUAGUAGAUUCAGUUGAAAAACUCUGCAAACCCUUUUGCGAUUCUGAUGGCUACCCAUCAGAGCCCUGUCCUGUUUUAUGUAUUCCCCGCUGUUCUAACGUUUGUAAUCCUCUUAGCUAUCUAAUCCCUCCGCCGCCGCCGCCGCCUGGUCUCGACAGCCUUUCCGACAAUUCCGAUCAUUCCGGCCGACCUUUGGGGAUUUCGGUGUUGCUCUCUGUAUCUCUUGCUCUUCUGGCCACUGCUUUCUUCGCUUUUACUUGUUAUUCGGUGUACAGGUUUUACAAAGGGAGGAGGGAUUCUAGAUCGAGGGGUUUGUCUUUAUCGUCACAACCACCACCUCCGCCGGCGGCGGCGGCGGCGGAAGAGGAAGCGCGUCUUGAAUUUCUCGACGAAGAGCACGGGCCGGUGCUUGACCAUCCGAUUUGGUAUAUUAGGACUGUGGGGCUUCAGCCGUCGGUGAUCAGUGCCAUCACAAUCUGUAAGUAUAAAAAGGGUGAUGGGCUGGUGGAAGGAACCGAUUGUUCUGUUUGUUUGACUGAGUUUCAAGACGGUGAGACUUUGAGGCUUUUGCCCAAAUGUAAUCAUGCUUUUCAUAUCCCUUGUAUUGAUACUUGGCUUGCUUCUCAUACGAAUUGCCCCAAUUGCCGGGCCGGGAUUGUUCUUAGCGGCCGGAGUUUCCGUUCCCCUGUGCCCAGUCUUCAAACUUCAGGCCUUAAUUCAGGCCGUUUGGAGGAAUACCAAGUGGCUGGUUCAGGGGAUUUUGUCAAUUCAGAAUCUGAGAGGGUUGUUGUGGAUAGGGAAAGGGAAAGUGAAAGUGGGAUUCUUGAAGUCAGGAUUGAUGUGCAAAAUGAGGAGGAGGAUUCAAGGGCUAAUUCAAUUCCCAUUGAGAAUGCGGUCGGUGACAAUAAUAGUGGUUCAAGAGAAGAAGAGGAAGGAAUUCAACCUCUGAGAAGAUCUGUUUCCCUGGAUUCAUUGUCAGCCUCUGUGAUCAACUCUGCCGUGGCCAAUGCAUUUUCGGUAGAAUCAGAGAGAAACAAAGACAAGGUUUUUACGGAAACGACAAAUGGAUUAUCUAUGGAAAGCGCUCCAAAGGGUGCCGGAGAUGAUCAGGGCGGCAGCUCAUCAAUGGAGGAACCUCUGAGAAAAGAGACAUCUCCAGUGAAGAGGUCACUUUCUUGUAGCGCUAAGGUUUUCUUGUCCCGUUAUAGCAAAAAGUAGGAACACCAGUCUUUUCGGCCAUGAGGUUGUGGAAAAUUGGCUCUAGGCAUGAAUUUUGAGAACUCUCUCAACAAGGUGAGAGUUUCCAAACUAGCUAAAAGUGCAUAUAGAUUCAGGUUCUGAAUAAUGGUGAUCCCAAAAAGUGGGAGUAGCCAAAUGGUAGUGUCAAGUGUCAACACUACUUAUCACAGUGUGUAAUUAUUGCCUGAACAGACACUGGAAAUUGUAAGUAACAGUUGUGUAUCUGUUCUUAGCGGAUUAAAAUGUAUACUCUUUGUGAUAUUUGAGGCUUUCAUUCAAAAAACUUGCCUUAAGGUGUAAUGGCGAAUGUUCAUUUCCCUGCAUCUUGCGGAAAUGAAGUAUUUUGGAUUCUUGAUGUGUUAACAGUACAGUACUUAUAAGCGAUAGAGAGACUAUCAUUAUUUUAGGUUCUCUUAAAGUUUGCCUGUGAUAAUAAGACAGUUAGUCAGUUCACUGUUAGAGUUGAAAAUUGGCCUCUCUGCAGUUUUAUGGUGAGGAGAUAGGAAAAGCUUUGAUCGCAAAAAUAUAUAAGCUGGCAAACGAGAUCAGGAAAUGGUAAACACUAUCAUGUAUGACGAUCUCAGUUGCAGAUACAAGAUAUACAUUAUGUCAACUUCUUAGAUAAGGUGGGAAAAAGGUUGCUCUUUUAUUCCAAUGAAACGGAUUGUGUUCCAAUUUUCAAAGCCCAUUUUGUUUUGCUUUCGGCAUGUUUUGAACACAAACCUCUUUUGCAAACAAAUACCACUUUUGCACGAUCCACAGAGCAUAUGUUCUUCCACCAUGGUGUUGUUAUCUUUAGUACUUUUUGCUGAUAGUUCUUCAAGGGGUUCGAAUCUAAGUUGGUGCACUUUUUUUAGAGAGACAAAUAAAACUAUUCUUAAG